AGGAAGUGAAAAUAAAUAGCAAAAUUUCCAACCAUCUAGUCAGAAUGUUUCAAUCAACUGACAGCAGGAAACAUAUAUCACUUAUGUUAUCAGAGGUCUUAAAUGAUAUUGGUGUGAAUGACAGAAUGGUGAUGAAAGCAAGAAGAAAUUUCAAGUUGAUGGAGACUAUGUUUACCGUAUCAAUGAAGCCAGUUGGAAGUAAUUCUAUUAACUAUUUUCUAGGGAGUCAUUCUGAGGGAACAACUACUUUAGGACUAAAGUCAGACUUUGACAUGCUUACUAUUGAUAAUAGUUUUAAUGUAAUAAAAGACCUGUCAGAGUGGGAACUUUCCAAGAUCAACUAUCUGAUGAUACAGGAUGAGACCACUACCCCUGGAUAUUGUUUCCUACAACUAACCGAAAGUGAUAAACCCUUUCUUGCUGUUACCAUUCCUAAUUAUCUCAAUAUAACUGAUAGAAAAGGACGAAUUUUGUUAAAGAACACAAUUUAUGAUGACAGUUUACAUAAAACAUAUACUGCUCAACAUGGACCAUCCUUUUUUUCGCAGGGAAUAAACGGUUACAGAGAUUCAGACUCAGUGGUAGCUUUCCCCUGUAAAUCAUGGCCAAAGUCAGCAUCAUGUUGGUUAGAGAGACAGGGUAAAAGGAAGAUGGCCAACCAGGAAUACUAA